AUGUCUCUAUCUCCAAACCAGUGCCAUAUUAAUUUAUGCGAUAAUAAAUCGUUAUCUCGUUGUUAUCAUUGUAGCAUCCAUUUCUGCGCUGAACACUAUGAUCAGCACAACAAGAAGAUAACAGAAGAGGUGUUAGCUAUUAAAGAGCAUAUACACGAGUUAACUUCAAAAAUAAUUCAAUUGACCAAUGAACGCGAAACAAGUGAGAAGUUUAAAACUAAUUAUCGUCGUCAACUAGCAAGGAUUCGAGAUGCCCUCGACGAUAUCACACUUCAUGCGUACGUCACUGCACAACGAUUGGAACAAUUGACUCGUAUACUGGAAGUUGUUGAAAAACGUCUAGAAGAUUAUGCUAAAUCGGCCAUUAAUUCAUUUAGUCUUCAAACGUUAGAGGAACCAACGAAACUCUACCCGAUAGGUGCUGCAUACAACUAUUGUUGUUUGGCUACCGAUGGUUUAAAUUUGUUAGUUGAUUUGACUCCAAGUACGCUGUGCCUUUUCGACGAAAAACUCCGUUCACUUGAAGUACUAUGGACGAACGGUCAGGUGACGGACAUGUGUUAUUCUCAACUACUCGGUUUCUUUAUCCUUCUAACAUCCGAAAAAGUGUUUACACUUGACUCCUUAACCAUCACAGUACGAGAGAUCGUCUCAAUUCGACCGUAUAAACGUUAUCGUUAUUUUAACUGUUGCACAUGUUCUCAUGACACGCUGUUUCUUGCAUAUGGUUCCAGUGUUGAACUGUAUAACUUGAACACGUUCGCGUUAAGUAAAAGAUGGAAAACGCAUCAUAUUGGACUUCAUAAAGAGACGAUUGGUGAUUUGUGUUAUCAGAAUGAUGACAGAUUAGGUAUAUUAAUUUGUGGGCACAGAGGAAAUCGAUUUGAAGUAAGAAAUAGUCAAACAUUGAUGAUACACUGGAAAAUAGCCAUUGAUUCAGCUGACUGUAAGUUGUGUUCGUUACCCAAUUGUGAAUGGUUAGUGACUAGUUGCUGGAGAUUUUGGAAUAGUUUUGAACAAGUGACAAACGAUGGGAAAUUGAAAUCGAAACUAACUAGACAAGACGAAUACAAAUAUGGACGCGCGAAGACAGCUGUUGUCUAUGGUGAACGUUUAUUGGCUAUUCGAACAUUAGAAUCACUCAACUUACAUCUACUACACUGA